GUGAUUGCAGCGGUGCUCCGUGGCAGCCGCCGAGAUCGCAAGCGGUACAGUGCACAUCUGCUGGCGGAUGCCGUGAGGCUGUGGUAUUACGACCAGAAGCUAGUUCCCCGGGGAAUUAGUGUCAAUGCUCCCUCGGUGCAAGAUUGGGCAUUGAAGGCAACCAAGUUCAAGCGCCUGGCGCAGCGUGCGAGAUCUUCGCGCAAUCGAGCCCUAGGGGAACUGAAGGAUGAGCUGAUUGACUUCCUGCCCAAACAGGAUGCUGGGUCUGAAGCUGAAGAAAGUGAUGAUGAUGAUGAUGCUUCGGAUGCGGGUUCCAAUGGGGAGGUCGAGGCCCUCGAGGCAUUGGGCAAUUGUGAAGCUGAUGUUGCAUCAGCUGUUGUCCACUCCCCGAGCUCGAUGGCUACGACUUCAGUGGGGUCUACAAGCUCUCUACGUGUUGAGAGCCUUGUGCAGAAGUACCGGAAGCUCUCCCUGGCUUCCCCGACCUCGGUGGCAUCCAGAGUGACUGCUGCAGACGAUGCAGCUACUUCGGAAGUUUCCACUUGUGCAAGUUCCAGCGACAGUGCUGUGCGGGCUGCAAGGGUUGACAAGCUUAAUGCUAUUUUCUUACGCAUGAAGCAGCAGAAGCUGAAGAAGACCCCCGAGCAGAUGGACAAUCAGUUUGUGCUUCCAGCAGCGGUGCUGAGCAGCAUCGAGACCAUGUCGAAGGGCCUGGUCGCCAAGCCGUGGAAGGGGCAGGAGUACGAGAGCGAUGGCGAGCAAGAUGAUGUGGAGCCGGAUGAGUGUGAGAAGGAGAAUGUUAAGCCUAAGCCUAAAGGAAAGGCUAAGGCAAAGGCAAAGGCAAAGGCCAAGGCCAAGUCUUCUGGCCCAGGCAAAGUGAGGAUCGAGGUUGAGGGUCCUGUUGGGGAUUGCCCCUACGUGCCGGGCGAUUUUCGAAAGCGGAAAUUUGCCUACUGCCAUGAAUGCACAAAGGAUGGUUUCCUGAACCAUUGGGAGGCUCUCCAGGCAUGGCAGUUCAGCGAGGAACGGGCAAGCUUGCUGUGCAACCUUUCGGCCAGCGAGCUCUCUCGCCGAAGGUUCGACUGA